UGUGUGUGUGUGUGUGUGUGUGUGUGUCUGUGUGAGUGAGCGAGCGAGCGAGAGUGUGGCCGCCGCGGAGCGCGAGCAGGACCGGCAGGCGCGCUCCCCCAGCCUCUCUCUCCCCGCCAGCACCAUGUCGGGCAGGUCGGUUCGAGCCGAGACCAGGAGCCGGGCCAAAGAUGAUAUCAAGAGGGUCAUGGCGGCUAUCGAGAAAGUGCGCAAAUGGGAGAAGAAGUGGGUGACUGUGGGUGACACGUCCCUGCGAAUCUACAAGUGGGUUCCCGUGACGGAGCCAAAGGUUGAUGAUAAAAAUAAGAACAAGAAAAAGGGCAAAGACGAGAAGUGCGGCUCGGAGGUGACUACUCCAGAGAACAGCUCCUCCCCGGGAAUGAUGGACAUGCACGAUGACAACAGCAACCAGAGCUCCAUCGCGGAUGCCUCCCCCAUCAAACAGGAGAACAGCAGCAACUCGAGCCCUGCCCCGGAGCCCACCUCAGCCGCGCCCACCGAGGCCAAGGCCGAUGAUGUCCAGGCCGAUGGGAAGGACCACCCCGGGGCUGAAGACGCUUCUGACGAGCAGAAUUCACAGUCUUCGAUGGAAAACUCGAACAGUUCCGAGAAAGUAGAAAGGCCGUCGUCUGGAGACGUGGGUCUAGCCACAGAGACGUCGUCAAUCUCUCAGGUACCUCGAGCAAGGCCUCAGAGGGGCAGCCAGACCGGCCGGGAGCCCGUUGGGGUGUCGGGGGAUUUCGAAGGAGUGCCGCCCUCUAAAAAGAUGAAACUGGAGGCUUCGCAACAAAACUCCGAGGAGAUGUAGACACUAAGUUAAAACCCCGGAUCCGUGUUUGCGGAAGGUACAUUCUGCAGGUUUAAUUCUAGAACAACCUGGCCCGAGCAGUGCCUCUCGGGUGCGGACAGAACUGCUAACUUUACGAGUUUACCAAGUGCAAAUCCAAGAAGAACUAGAGCAACGUAACUUCUCAGACACUGAAGAACUUUCUGCUGUGAAGCAAAACACUCGGACUUGGACGUCCCGGUCCCGGGCGGGCGGCGUUGGCAGCUCAGGAGGGUCUGCACACUGUCUCAGAAGCCAAGGUCCCGUUUCUGUUG